ACCGGAGUGGGUCGCAUGCCUGGAAUGCAGAAUGCUGAAGGGGUAGUUCGUCAUCUACACAUAUUCAGAGGGAAUGAUUCUGCUUCAAUUAAUUUGAUCAUGGAAAACUCUGGGAUGGUGAAAGCGACACAAUCGAAGGGAGGGCAGUGAUUAACCCCCCCAAGAAGUGGGAGUGGAGAUCAGAGAAGAGCCAGUUGACCUCAGAACAUGUGACAGCCUCCACGCUCUAUGCCUUGCUCGCAUUAACCUCAACUCUAUCUCUCUGUCCCAUUCUACCUGUUCUAAAUGACAUCGUUGUAGCAAUCCAGGAACUCCACUCUGUCCACGAGGAAGAAGGGAGAGUGGAAAGGAAUAGGAUGGCUCUUUGCUCGGUGCAGGAGAUGGCUAACACGAAGCCUCUCUUCGUUGGCAUCCAGGUGACGGUGCUCGCUGCAAUUAUUUUGACCACCAUCUACGUUGGCAAGCCCGUCUACUCCGAGUUCUGGUCUCCGAAAUCUGAAGUCGGUCUUUCCCCACAGAAAGAUGGCACAGUAGUAUCUUCUCCACCAGAGUUGGAAAAUUCUAGUAAAGGUGUAGCUUUCAAGCCUCCAAGCGACAGGGAUCGUAGCACUGGCGGUGGGAGAUCAGUCUCUCCUUCAUGGCCCACAAAUAUAUGGGAAAGGCCUAUAUGGGAUCCCCCACCUACUGGGGCCAAACUGCCAGAUGCAAAGGCAUUUCGCUUGACUAAAAGCUUAGUGAAACAUUAUGCUAAAAAUAAUGUUAUUAUAGUAACAUUUGGAAAUUUUGCCUUCAUGGAUUUCGUCCUGAACUGGGUCAGGCACCUUACUGAUCUUGGAGUUUAUAAUCUUCUUGUAGGUGCAAUGGACACAAAGCUCUUGGAGGCUUUAUAUUGGAAAGGAGUUCCUGUUUUUGACAUGAAAAGUAACAUGGAUACAAGUGAUGUUGGUUGGGGUUCUCCAAAGUUUCACAAAAUGGGCAGAGAAAAAGUAACUCUGAUAAAUGAGUUCUUGCCCUUCGGUUAUGAGUUAUUAAUGUGUGAUACAGAUAUGGUCUGGUUAAAGAAUCCACUCCCAUAUAUUGCUCGCUAUCCUGAUGCAGACGUCUUAACUUCCAGUGAUCAGGUGAUACCAACAGUUAUUGAUGAUAGAUUGGAGGACUGGAGAUAUGUGAGUGGUGCAUACAACAUUGGGAUUUUCCAUUGGCGACCUACAGACGCUUCCAAAAGGCUAGCAGCAGAAUGGAAAGAAAUGCUGCUAGCUGAUGAAAAAAUAUGGGAUCAGAAUGGUUUCAAUGAUCUUCUGCAUAAAUUCCUUGGCCCAUCAGUUGAUGAAGAAAGUGGACUAGUUUAUGCUCGUAAUCGAAGCCUUAAGCUAGGGAUUCUUCCAGCCAGUAUAUUUUGCAGUGGUCAUACAUAUUUUGUGCAGGCAAUGUAUCAACAGCUAAGGCUGGAACCUUAUGCUGUUCAUACCACAUUCCAGUAUGCUGGAACUGAGGGAAAACGACAUCGUCUGCGUGAAGCAAUGCUCUUUUAUGAUGAACCGGAGUACUAUGAUUCACCAGGAGGAUUUUUGGCAUUUAAACCAUCCAUUCCUAAGAGUGAAUUGCUUGAUGGACCACAUACAGUCGAAUCACAUUUUUCUCUUGUUAAUCAUCAAAUAAAGCAAGUGAGAUCUGCCCUUGCUAUUGCCUUGCUGCUGAACAGAACAUUGGUCAUGCCUCCAUUGUGGUGCAAAUUGGAUAGACUAUGGUAUGGACACCCUGGGGUCCUGCCAGGGACAUUGACAAGGCAACCUUUUCUCUGUCCUAUGGAUCACAUAUUUGAGGUGAAUGUGAUGUUGAAGAAUCUACCAGAGGAGGAGUUUGGCCCAAGGAUAGAUUUCAGAGAGUACUCUUUCCUUGAGAAUCCAUUGCUUCCUGAAUCAAUAAAGAAAUCAAGACUAAAUGUUCAACUUUGUGAUCCUGCAUUAUCAAACUGCCAAGCAUCAAACACCAGCAUGCAACCGAGAGCAGUACUGAAGUUUCCAAAACAUAGCACAGAAGAAAUGUACAAGAGUGUCUUUUCUGCAUACAAGGAUGUUAAAAUCAUAAAGUUCUCGUCAAUAGAUGAUGCCUUCCAAGGAUUCAGUGAUAAGUUGAUAGAGGAGAAAUUCAGACACCGGGUGUCACGCUAUGUAGGGAUAUGGUGCUGCGUCGAACAACAAGAAAUUGGCCACAUCUACUAUGAUAUGUACUGGGAUGAAAAACCUGGUUGGAAGCCCAAACCUCCAGCAACUCGAGAAGAAAAUCGUCCUCCUUGGAUCUGAGACAAUACUAGUUUAGACCAACUGAAGCGCACCCAAUUUCAGCAGGGCCAUUGCCAUUGCAAUUGACAUUACUAGAGAAAAAAGAGAGCCUGCAGCCAGAUCUCAAAGACAACAGCUUUAUGUGAGGAGGCAUUUGUUGUUGAAGUAUGAAAUUUUUUAUAUUUUUUCUUUCCAAAAUGUAUCCAUCAAGUUUUGAAAUUUAGCUCAAUUCACAUGUGUCAGUAUUUCUUUAGUUAACCACAUUCUUAAUAUAUCCUUAUUGAAAGUUACUUUGGAGGACAAAUGGGAUCUCUGCUGCGUGUUGGAAAUUCCAGUUCCUCAAGUGAACAGUGAAAAGAUUAGUAAAGACAAAAAAGUUGAAUCCA